UAAUCGGUCUUUGUUGGAUUUAGUACCAAUAUACGUCCAACCGAGGAGACUUCCAAGAGUCCAUCACAUCCCAAUCCGGUGUUAUCUGACCCAGCGACACGUGAGCGCGGACGAUAACGGCUUACAGAUAAGGAUAAGGAUUGCGAGUACGGCUUUGUUCCGCCGCUUCGUUGCGUCAUCCCCAAACAUUAGAUCGACCCCCUCCCUUCAAGGCAGCAGUUGUAGUAGCUGAGUGGGCUCCCCAGUGAAUAGCAAAACGACUAUACAACAGUGUGGCUGGAAGGUGAGACAUUGCAAACAUUCAAAACAUAUCCACCAUGGUUAUCCACCAGGGGUCCCUGAUCAUACGCGGGUUGUCAAAACGCCCCCAGUGGUGAUCGGCAGGCAGCACGCCUCUAGUAUGUAUCCCGAUUGGACAGCGAACUACCACCGACUAUGGCAGUGCAGGUCCAGUCAUCCACCAGCUUCGCCAGUUGUGACUUGUUCAAGCCUCUUCCCUCUUCUUUGUCUCCAGUUCAUCUCGUCAGUCUUCUUCACUUCCCUUUCAUCGCUACCUUUAUUACUUCGUUUCCGCUUCAAUAUCGUGAUUCAAGAUUCCUACCAGCAUGUCUGCCAGCAUUGCCAUUCCUAGGCGUAGCAGGAAGACGUGCGAUUCUGCAGACAACGGUAGCGAAAGCUCUGGUAACGCGAGUAGUUGGAAGUACGGUAGCUACGAAAGUGUAAAAGAGGACGAUAUAGCAAGCACUCCACAGAAGAAUACUGGAGCACGCAGACCUUCACUCAUGUCUGAAUCCAUCGUCAAAUCCGAACACACAGUUAUCGAUGUUGGGAGCUUCCAGAAUCCACGACUGAUUACUUGCGUCAAGGCUUCUCAAGGCUUCGACUGGAACCAAGAGAUAUUCCUACCGAGCCAUAGUAGCUACAACUUUGAUAAUCUCGAACGUAAAAAAGAUCCCGUCCAAGAAAUUGUCCUCACCGACGAAGAGGUUGCGAACAUGUUUCCCUCGUAA